AUACAUGCAGCGGAGUUCAUUUUUGCUUUAAGUGCAAUGGUGGAAACUACGAAGCAAAUUCUGAAGGAACUUAAUUUUAAUAUCGUAGAAAUAAAAGAUGAGACAGCAACUCUUGAUGGUGGGGAUGUCCUGUUUACAGGGAAAGAAUUUUUUGUGGGUCUUUCGAAGAGAACCAAUCAGCAAGGUGCUCAAAUUGUGGCAGAUGUUUUUAAGGACUAUGCAGUUUCCACAGUUGAAGUGACAGGUACUCUGCACCUGAAGACUUUCUGCACUAUGGCCGGUCCUGGUCUGAUCGCCAUUGGCUCCAGCCCGCAUGCUCAGAACACUCUGAAGCAAAUGCAGGAGAUGAGUGAGCACAGUUACAACAAGCUUACGUUGCCAGAUGAUGAAGCUGCAAACUGUGUUUACCUAAACAUUCCAGAGAAGGGGCAUGUUCUGCUGCACCGAACUGCUAAUGAGUUUCCAGCAAGCGCUAAGGAAUUUGAGAAACUGAAGGACUACACAUUGAUUCCAAUCUCCAACACUGAACUGGCCAAAGUUGAUGGAGGCCUUACUUGCUGCUCCAUCCUUCUCAACAAAUGCGCUUGAAAUAUGGAGCUCCUUUGUUUUUUAACAAGAAAGGGAUAUUUCUUUAGAUUGGCAAUAAUGUGAUUACUAUAUAACUGAACCUAUUCUGAAAUUACAAUCUUUACAUUAGUUCUUCUAAACCCUUCUCUUCCACUCUGCUCUGAACGCUCUGUUUUGUAAGGCUGGGAUCAAGUAGACUAUUACUGCCACCUUGUGAUUAAAACUAUGUAUAACUUCGUUUUCUUUGAAUGAACUGCUUAGAAAUUCUGACGAGGAUAUAUAUAUAUGUUUGUGUAUGUAUAUAUAUAUUCAGAUGUUAAAAGGGUGAAUUUAAUCAUAUAAGAGAAUUAUUACAAUUUUUAUUUCAAUACUGCAGGUGAAUGUUUUAUUAGUGAGGAUUAGGUUUUCUUAAUUUUGAUUCUGUAGGCAGCUUCCUUCUCUCUCCAACAAAUUUAAAAAAUUGCUAGUUAAUAUUUCACAGCACCAGUUUUGGAAUAUAACGCUUGGCAACUUGCAUGCCUUAAACAGUCUCCUCCGUUUGCAUUCCGCAACCUCCUUUGACAUAGCAUAGACCUUGCAUUAAUGAAUAAUUCUAAAAGAUCCAGUUCCAUUUUGCCUUAAAUCUUACUUGGGGCAAUGGUUCUGUUUAUGUCAGACUAACUUGUUUGCCCAGUGUGUGUGCCAAAGGCAUCUCUGUCUUCAGUUUGCUGCAAAGCAUUGCCAGUUCUCACCGUGGUCAAGUUUGAUUGCUUGUUGUGUUCUUCAUCUGCUUCAUGUGAAUGAAAUAAAAGCCAUUGUCAAUGCUA